CUUUUUUUCUGUCCUUUUCAUAAUUAAACUAGAAGUCAUGGUUCAAAAUCACUUGAUUGAUUCUUUAUCGGAGCGUUUAGCUAAAGAUGUACACAUAUUUGAUAACUUACUAAAGCUUAUACCCGCCAAAUUCUACGUCAUGGAUAAAAAUGAUCAUAUUGAUUCAAAAUUCCAACACAACAAACGUAAAAAGGCACCUAAGCAAGCUAUUAAAGAAGCAACCAAAAAAGCAAAAAAAGCAAAGCUUGAUCCUGACAACGUAAAGACGGUGAUGGACGUACAAGAUGAAAAGGCCAAACAACUAAAAGAAGAAGAAGAAGCAAAGAAAGAGGAAGAAGAAGAAGAGGAAGAAAUGUCUAUGGAAGUUGAUUCAAGUGGAUUCAGCGGUCUUGAUGAUAGUGAAUCAAUAGCAACUGAAUCUACUUCAACAAGUACACAAGAGCCAGCUCAACUUAAACCAAUGGAAAAAAGUGACAUCGAACAACUCCGUCAUCGCCUUCAUGAACGAAUCAAUCAACUACGCCAGAAACGUAAUGCUCCAGGAGCCAAUUCAGCUAAACCUAAAAGUCGUGAUGAAAUUCUGUCUGCUAGAAAUAAAAAGAAGGAAGAUAGAAAGAAGGCCAUCAAGGCACAGAAAGAAAAGGGCAAUAAUGUGCCAACGGAAGAACUUGUGCAAGUCGAUAAGAAGACAAACAAUACAACGCCCAAUGGCAAUCAACGUUCUGCAGAUUCUAUUAAAACAGAUGCUGAUGUAUUCUUUGGCAAGUUAAAUGUUGGCAAAGAACAAAAGAAGAAGAAGGGACCUACUGAUGCCAAGACACAACUGAAAUUAGCAGAAGCAAAGAAGGAGAAACUUGAAAAGUUGAAGCAAGAAGAUAAAUCAAAGGCUGAAGAAAUGAUGGAAAAAGAAGAAUGGAAUAAAGUGCUCGCAUUAGCAACAGGCGAAAAAGUGAAGGAUGAUCCUAAAUUAUUGAAAAAGACAGUAAAGAGACAAGAGAAACAAAAGCAAAAGAGUGCACAAGAAUGGAAGAAACGUUUAGAAAAACAAAAGAAGGAUCAGAUGCAUUCGAUCAAAAAGAGAGAAGAAAACAUUAAAGCCAAGAUAGAAGAAAAGAAAAACAAGAAGAAGGGUAUUAAACCUAAAGGAAACAAGAAGAAGGCACGUCCUGGCUUUGAAGGAGGUAAACGUAGUAAAGGUGGAAAAGUAACAAAACCAAAUCCUCCUAAACUUAAGAAAUAAUAAAUUCAUAUAUAAACUUUUAAAUAAAACAUUCUCUCUCUCUCUUUGUAAGACUGGGG